ACGCAUUCCAAUUGGUUCAGGCAGUCACUAGACCCCUAACGUCUACUAGUAGACUGUGUAGAGUUGCGUACCUGUUUCCUUCAUUUCGUCUUUCGCGACAGCCUCACUUUGAUUGCUUCAUGCUUCACCUCUGCCGUUAUGGCUGAUCCCCUCAUUCCAGACUUGUUACUGCGCCCUUGAUAUCGGGACGUCUUUUCCGGUUGCUUGUUCUUCUUGACCGUCAAUUCUUCAGCAAUUCACUUGGACUGUUUACGCUUCAUGAAUUUGUAAACCUAAUUUCACAGUCUCCAGAUCCUGCGGCAUCAACCCUGUCAUACACUCUUUCGAUAUGCACCUGACGUCGCACGGCUGACGCGAAUCUGCUGUACUUGCUAGACCUACUGAAGGCGAUCAAAUGGCUGCAAGACCAAUGACUGCGCGCAGCGAAAUAUCGUCCGCCAUAUCCGACGAUGGCUUCAGCUCGCGACCGCAGUCAGGCGUCAACCCUCUUCCAGCACUACCGAACCCUCCCACUUCGCAACAUGGCUAUGCUCACCUAAGGGGCAUAACACAACCGGCAAACCGUUCAGCCAGGAGUAAUCCUGCGCCACCCAGCACGGCCGGUUCAAGUAGACCGCAAAGCCCCGUCAGUCAGGGCAGUCGCACUCAUGUACCGUCCUUGACUGCACAAGGCUUCUUCAGGCCGAUGAGCUCUCAAGAAUUGCAGGCGCAACGUCUAAAAAACUCAUUAGGGACAAGAAACAUGCAGACCCCGGCACCAAUCCCCGAUACAGAUCACGAGGAAGACGCCCGAAGCGAUGCUCGGAGCCUUGCGUCCAGUAGACAGGGACCCUUCUACGCAAUGCCGAAGAACCACCGUCCAGCGCCGUCUAUCACAACAGAGUAUACUCAAUCAGAGGCGCCCGAGACCGUUGAUGCGCCACACCCAGACUUUGCUUCACACCACGAGGGAGAGACCGAGCUCGUACCUGAGCCUAAUGCGCAGGGUCAACAACGCCCUGCUCGACUCAAUAUAGCGAGCACUCUCAAAGUGGGUGAUACUCCACAAAGAUCACCGCUCUCGCUCCGGUCAGGGUUUAGUCUAGGAAACAAGCACCGCUCAGAAGGUGGUCACCAACCUCUCUCUUCGAAUACCACAUCACCACAAUUUUCUCCCAACCAAGAUGUACAAGUGGCUAAGAAAAGCGCCCUGGGCAAGAAUCAUGAAUACUUCGAGGGCAACACGAUAUUCUGGUGGGGUGGGCGACUGCAGAAUGCUCGGGAUCGGCCCAUCAACGUGGUCACUGGUGCGAUCGUAGUCCUUCCAGCGAUUCUAUUUUUCGUGUUUUCAGCCUCAUGGUUAUGGCACCAUGUAUCGCCGGCGAUACCCAUCAUCUUCGCUUAUCUCUUUUUCGUUUGUUUUUCCUCCUUCGUUCAUGCAUCGCUCGUCGACCCUGGGAUUUUCCCUCGAAACCUACAUGCAUUUCCACCCACCGCGGACGAUGAUCCGUUGACCCUAGGAUGGCCUACCAACGACUGGGUCAUGGUCAAACUGGCCACAUCAACCACAGCCGCCAUGGAUGUUCCAGUCAAGUAUUGCAAGACCUGCAAUAUCUGGCGUCCAGCACGGUGCUAUCAUUGCCGAGUUUGUGAUAACUGCGUCGAAACUCUGGACCAUCACUGCGUAUGGAUCAACAAUUGCGUGGGAAGACGCAACUAUCGCUACUUUUUCACCUUCGUUAGCACAGCCACAGUCCUGGGUCUCUUUCUGGCAUUUGCUUCUCUAGGGCAAGUGAUUGCCUACCAUAAACAGAGGCAUGUGUCGUUUUCAACCGCCAUCAACAGAAACCGGGUACCGUUCGCCAUGUUCAUCUAUGGGCUGUUGGCGUCUGGGUAUCCAUGUGCAUUGUGGAUAUACCACAUGUUACUUGUUGGCAAGGGCGAGACAACCAGAGAAUAUCUUGCAUCUCGCAGGUUUCCAAAAGCCGAACGGCAUCGACCUUUCACCCAGGGCAACUUUUUCAAGAAUUGGAUUGCUGUUCUGGCCCGACCAAAACCCCCAACAUACCUCCAUUUCAAGAAGCGAUAUGAAGAAGGGGAUCAGCGCUUUGGCACAAGGAAAGGACAAAGACAAGCCAAGUUGAAUGGCGAGACGCAGAAUGGAGGUAUGGAGAUGAAGCCAGUGCAAGGAACUCAGAAGUCGUUUGAGGGGCCGACAGGAAAUAUCCAAAAGACAGAGACCUCUGCAAGAUGAGUGUACGAUACUAGGCUUAAUUAGAAGCACAAUGUAUAUCAACCAGAGAACAAUGGAGAACUGUUAAU